CACAGCACAAGCCGUCGCUGCGAGGCGUUGGUGUUGCCGGCGGCAGCCAGGCUCCGCCCAGCGGGGGCUUCGCUCGCCCCCGGCCAUGGAGAGCGGCAGCGGCGGCGGGAGGGGCCCGACGGGGCAGGAGGAGCUGCAGCAGCCGCUGCCGCCGGCCGGGGAAGCCGGGGAGGAAGAGGAGGAGGACGAAGAAGAGGCGGCGGCGCUGCUGCUGCGGGCCCCCGGCGAGGACCAGACGGACUGGAGCUUCAUUGACGGCGAGAUGGAGGAGGUGGCGCUGCAGAACCUGCCCACCGCCACCAUCGCCUGCAACCUGGACCCCCGCGUUUUCCAGGAUGGCCCGUGCCGGGCCAAAUUUGAAUCACUAUUUAGAACAUUCGACAGAGAUAUCACCUUUCAGUAUUUUAAGAGCUUCAAAAGAGUACGAAUAAAUUUCAGUAACCCUUUAUCUGCAGCAGAUGCUAGAAUCCAGUUGCACAAGACAGAGUUCCUUGGAAAGGAAAUAAAACUGUAUUUUGCUCAGACUUUGCACAUUGGAAGCUCACAUUUGGCACCACCGAAUCCUGACAAACAGUUUUUGAUUUCACCUCCUGCCUCUCCACCUGUUGGCUGGAAGCAAGUGGAAGAUGCUACUCCAGUCAUUAACUAUGACCUUUUAUAUGCUAUCUCCAAGUUAGGACCAGGAGAAAAGUAUGAGCUACAUGCUGCAACUGACACUACUCCCAGUGUUGUCGUCCAUGUAUGUGAGAGUGACCAGGAAAACGAUGUGGAAGAAGAAACAAAGAAACCGAAACCAAAAAUUAUUCAGACGAGAAGGCCAGAUUAUACUCCUACCCAUUUUAGUUGAACUGCUGUUGUUUUUCCAAGGUUGCAAGUAGAUAUCUGCAAGGGGAAAAUUUACUGUGGAAACAGCAGGUCACAGGUUUGGUGGCAACAGCAGCAGUUACAAUAGGAGAAAUUCCAAUAUAAGUUUGCUCAGAAAAAAUAUAGGAAGUUUCAUCCUUACUCUUGAUGCUGCGAGUUGAUGGAUGCCAUGAGGGUAUUCCCAGAUUGCUGGGAGCAAAAGAUAGGCAGAAGAAGACAUUUUGAGACAUAACAGGACAAACUAGGUUUAUUUUUUUGGGGGGGUGCUAUAAGCUGUUCCAUUAUAAAGCAGCUGGGGGAAGCUUUCUUUGUUCUAACUCACAAAAAUCCUCAAACUAAUAGGCUAGUCAUUGUGUGGAGUACAUAGCGAUAACAGAGCUGGUUUUAAAGAUUAAAGUAUGGGAACUCUAAACCUUUUUCUUAAAAUAGAUUUUGUGCAUGUGUAUUCCUGGUCUUCUAAAGUAACUUUGCAUUAUUUUCUAUAGUUUCUCACAUGUUUCUGGAAAUCUGGGGAAUUGUUCAAAGUAUUUAUUAUCUCAGCAUCCUGGACUUACUACUAGAUGUGUAUAUACAUAUAUAUUUAUAUUUGUUUUUAUUGGCACUCAUUUUCCAGAAGACAUAAGAUUUCUUCAGCACCUUAUUUUGGUGCUAUGUAACUUGUGCUUUUAAAAUUUUAACCUUUUAAAUGCCUAUGUAGGGUUUUAUCUGGCAAAGUAAUGGAAAAAGUGCAAUAGGAAAGUUGUUUAAACAAGUUAAUUUUAAAUUAUUUAAGUUCAAAUAAUUUAUAUCUUCAGUAACGUCUGUUUGAUAGCUUUGACUUUCUCAUUUGGAAAAAA